CUGAGAGGAUGAGGACGAGAGAGAGAAACAACAUGCAGAAGAAAAUAGAAGAAGCGAGGAAACCAUCAACAUCAAAAGGUGAAAAGGAACAGGAAACAGACGUGAGAUACUACAAUUGUGGCGAUAAAGGACACAAAGCUAAAGACUGCAAGAAGAAAGAACUAAGUAAAAAGUGUUUCAAGUGUCAAAAAUACGGGCAUACGGCGAGGUUGUGUAACGCGUCAGACGAUAGUGAGGCGGUAACGGAUAAAAAGACGACGGUAAUUAAUACGGUUACUGAUACACCGAGCGAUAGAAUGUGUAAACGAAUCACGAUAAACGAUGUGCGGGUCAAUGCGUUAAUAGAUACCGGCAGCCAAAUCACAAUAAUGCGCAAAGACGUUACGAUAGAAUGAAAUUAGACAAGCUACGGGGAAAUAGUAUUUGUUUAACCGGUUUUGGGAAA